AUGCGUUUGCGCGUCCGCUCACCGCUCGGUGUCGCCAAUCUCACAGUAGUCGCAACAAAAUCCGAGGAGGACGAUCCAACCUUGAACGAUUUGUGUUCGGAAAUUGUUCGUAGUAAUAAUAGUAUUCAUAAUAAUAACAAACACAGAAUAGCUGAAAUCCGAUUCGGCUUCGGCGAAACGCAAAGGACGGUUUCUUGUGAUGUUUCGAACGCGAAUACGAACGGAAAGGAAUCGUUGAAAACGCUCGGGAUUUCGGACGGCGAAACGAUCACGGUGAAGUUUACAGAAGAAGAAGAAGAAGAAAAAGAGGAGGAGGUGAAAGAGCAAAAACAAGUAGGCGAGGCGACAGGUUUUAGGAAUAACGGUAACGGUUUUGAGGAGGAGCCUACUCCUACUCCUACGAACAACGACGACGACAAUAACGACAAGAGUGGCAUGAUGACUGAAGAAGAAGAGUUACUCGCGAGAGCGGUGGAAGCAUCGAUGUUGGACGACGGGAGAAUGAGAGCCGCCGAGAGUACGACGAGCGCGCUCGAUAUUGACGACGACGGAACUGUAGCCGUUCGGAAAGUCAUCGACGCGGAUAACUCGUGCUUAUUCAACGCCAUCGGGUACGUGUUCUUCCGGAGUUUAGCGAAAGCGAAAGAGUUGCGAAAAGUUGUUCACGACGCCGUGUUGAGCGACCCGGACACGUUUAGCGAAGCCACCUUAGGGAAAUCGCCGAAAGAGUACGCCGAGUGGGUGUUACAACCCAACUCCUGGGGCGGCCAAGUCGAACUGUUCGUCUUGUCCACGCACUUACGAAAACAAAUCGCGGCGUACGACGUCCAAACCGGCCGAGUCGACGUCUACGGCGAAGACCGUUUCCCACACUCCGAACGAGGCCAUCUCAUCUACGACGGCUUACACUACGACGCGUUAGUCUUCGCCUACCCGGGUUUGGAAGACGUCUCGGACACGCACGUGACCGUCGUCGAUUGCUCUCUCGAACCAAUCUCAAAAAUAAACGGAUUCGACCGAAAAGCUCGCGCGUUGGCAAAAAAAGACCAGGAGCAAAGACUGUUCACCGAUGUCGCCAAUUUUUCGCUCAGGUGUUUAGUCUGUCAAACCGGCCUCGUCGGAGAAAACGAAGCCAGAGAACACGCCAAGAACACCGGGCAUACGAACUUUGGAGAGUAUUAA